AUGCACAAAUAUGCCAAGUUUCUAAAAGUGCUCCUCACCAACAAGAGAAAAUUAGAGGAAGAAGGCACCGUGGCACUCACGGGAAAUUGCUUGUCCAUAUUAGAAAAGAAACUCCCUCAAAAGUUGAAAGAUCCGGGAAGCUUCAUAAUCUCUUGUGUGCUUGAAGGAGGAGUGCAAGAAAAUGCAUUAGCAGAUUCAGGCGCUAUCAUAAAUGUCAUGCCCAACAGCAUGUAUUUGAAGCUUGGCUUGGAUGAACUUAGACCCACAAGGAUGACUUUACAAUUGGCGGAUCGAUCAAUAAGGAAGCCUCGUGGGAUUAUGGAAGAUGUGAUUGUAUGGGUGGACAAAUUUGUGUUUCCUGUAGACUUCGUGAUUAUGGACAUAGAUAAAGAUGUGGAGAUACCCCUAAUGCUUGGUCAACCCUUCCUUACCACUUUAGGAGCUCUCAUCGAUUUAAAAGGGGGAAAGUUGACUCUAAGGGUUGGAGAGGAAGAGGCAAUGUACACUUUACCGGUGACCAUGAAACACUCACUAGACCAUGAUGAUACGCUUUAUUUUAUUGAUGAAACUGAUCUCUUGAUUUCUGAUUGUGUGUAG